AUGUCUAAAAAGUCUGAAAUGCCUGAAGGGGGACAGACGAGGGAUCGACGGCCUAUCACCGUGAAAGAACUCGAACUCCUUUAUUUUGCACUAUGUCCUCAGUUUACAGACUCGAUAGACAAUGUGAUGCUUUGGGCAGCCUUUACUCUGGCCUUCUUUGGCUUUAUACGGUGCAGUGAAUUUACGUGUAAUUCCUCAUUCGAUCCUGACUGGCUCCUUUCAAGAAAUGACAUUACUUUCCAUCCAAACCUUCUGCAUGCUGACUCUUACGAAGUAGUUAUCAAACGCUCCAAAACCGAUCCUUUCCGCCGUGGAUACCGCCUAACCAUUGGAUCAUCGCAUAAUAAACUUUGCUCCGUACGAGCUAUGAAAACCUAUCUGCUCCAGUCACCAUCCGUCCACACACCUCGUCCUCUUUUUGCAUUCGAGUCUGGUGCCCCUCUUACCCGUACCACCCUAACGUCACAUUUACGAAGUUUACUUCAAGGUCAAGGACUGGAUGAAAAACGUUAUGCCUCGCAUAGUUUCCGAUUUGGUGCUGCUACAGCCGCUGGGACACUGGGACGCUGGACUUCAGACUGUUAUGAACGAUAUAUUAGGACUCCACAGGAGGUUUUAGUCUCUGUUCCAUACAAACUGACCGCAAGUACAAGACAUUAA